AUGGAGUUGGCGUCCUCGUCAACACGAGUAUGGCAAAGAACAUUGACUCUUUCGAACAACUUACGACCCGAAUCAGACGUCUGCUUCGUCUUCGUCGCUUACGCUCCAACAUCAAGCUACGAAAAAGAAGAAUUCGAAGCUUCCUAUAUGGAUCUGGAAAAGUUCUACCGAGAAGACCAUGCCUUCUACAAGGUCAUAAUUGGCGAUUUCAACGCCAAAGUUGGCCCAAGAAGAACGCCGGAGGAACUUCACAUCGGGACCCACGGCUUCCAAUGGAAUAACUAG